CGAUGGAGACGACUCUACGACCGCAUAUUCUGGGUCCCCCCCAACUGCCGCUGGGACACGGACGCGCCGCCGAAAUUCUCCAUGCCGCUCAACAUCCUCUUCGCCUUUGCCGCUUCCUUCACCGUGGCAAACCUGUACUACUCCCAUCCCAUUCUUAACAUCCUGGCGCGGGACUUUGGCGUGCCGUAUGCGAAGGUAUCGCAGAUUCCUACCGUUGCGCAGGCGGGGUAUGCGGGGGGCUUGUUCUUUUUGUGUCCUUUGGGGGAUUUGUUGAAGCGGAGGCCUUUUGUGUUGAGCUUGGUUUUUGUGACUGCUACUGUGAGCAUUGGGCUAUGUGUCACAAAGUCCUUCGAGGUCUUUUCGGGCAUCCAAUUCAUCAUCGGCUUCACCACCGUCACGCCGCAACUCAUGCUACCAUUAGUAGGCGAUCUCGCGCCUCCGCACCGCCGCGCAGCAGCCCUCUCCAUCGUCGUCAGCGGCUUCGUGCUCGGCAUCCUCGUCGCGCGCCUCCUGUCCGGCAUCGUCGCCUUCUACGUCUCCUGGCGCUACGUCUACUGGCUCUCCGUCGGCCUGCAGUACGCCAUCUUCGCCAGCCUGUGGCUCUUCAUGCCCGACUACCCCUCGACGAACAAGCGCAUGAACUACUUCAAAAUGCUGUGGUCCAUGCUCGUCAUGGUCGCCAAGCACCCCGUGCUCGUGCAAGCCUCGCUCGUCGCCCUCUUCACCUCCUCCACCUUCACCUCCUUCUGGACCGUCCUGACCUUCCUCCUCGCCGACCCGCCGUACAACUACAACUCCGUGGAUAUCGGCCUUUUCGCGCUCAUAGGCAUCUCUGCCAUGUUCCUCAUGCCGCUGUACGGCCGCUACAUCAUCGACCGCUUCGUGCCCUGGUUCUCCGUCAUCCUGGGUAUGUUCUGGUGCAUGCUCGGCAUCUGCAUCGGCGCCUACACCGGCUCUUUCACAGUCGCAGGUCCCAUCUUGCAGGCCUGGUUUCUCGACAUUGGACUGCAGAGUUCACAAGUCGCCAAUCGCUCUUCAAUCUUCUCCAUCGAGCCCAAAGCCCGCAAUAGAGUAAACACAGUCUUCAUGGUGUGCGUCUUCUGCGGGCAAUUGAUGGGCACCUCGAUCGGCGCGCACAUCUACGCGCGCGCGGGGUGGGAAGCGGCGCAGAGCUACAGCGUGGCGGCGAUUGGCGUCGCGCUGCUGAUUACGUUUGCGCGCGGACCGUACGAGUCGCGGUGGGUGGGGUGGCGCGGGGGGUUGAGCAUUUUCAAGCGGGAUCGCGCGAGUGCGGAUGGG